AUGGUUAGUCGAUUUUUCUCAUGUGUAUCAUCUACAGUAUGGUUUCUUACUAUUGCCAUUCUCACUAUAACUGGUUUAACAGCAAUUGUGAUCGGAUUAGUUGGUCUUGGUCUUUAUAUUCCAACAUCUAUGAAUUAUUAUGAAUAUACAAAAAGUACAUGUUCUGUAAUUAGCCAUAAAUAUGAAGAUUGUCAACAUGGAAAUACUAUUUCUUUGGAUACAUGUUUUUCAGUUAUGUGGUCUGUUGAAUAUAUUCUACAAAAUUCUAUUCCCGAUCGUUAUAUAUUUUCUACAAUUACAGAAAUCUAUAUAGAUUCAACAGCAGCAUUAGAAGAACUAAGAAAUUAUCCAGUUUAUACAAAUCAUACAUGUUAUUAUCGUACUACCGAUACUGCUAAUGUACAAUGGCAAGAACCAUUAUCACGAAUACCCUAUCUUAUUAUGUUGGUUGUUGGAUUUUCUUUAACAGGUGUAUAUUGUAUUGUUAUUGGUAUUAUUGUUUUAUGUCGACGUCGAAAACAAUAA